AUGGCUCCUUCAGUAUGUCUUUGUGGCCCACCGGAGCUCCAACUUUACUUCCCCACGACCACCAUCAAAAUCUGUCAAGGCCAGUCUUCUUCUUCAAACCCCUGCCUUGAAUUCUUCAAGGCCACUACAUACUCUGAUAAACCCCAACAAAACCCUCCCGUGUAUCAGCAGCGGAAGGAUCUGACAGAAUAUGAAGCAGAGGCAUGGAAGCAUGACCCUCUCACAGCUCUCAAGCUCAUAUUUUGCCUGAGAAUGGUGGGGAGGCCCAACAAAGAAGCCUUUUACAAAUCCCUCUUGUGGAUCCACAAAAACCACCCUCUAACCUUGGCUUUGAAUCUCAAGGUUUUUGCGCAAUUGGGUUGGUUCAAAGAUCUAUUGGAAAUUCUCUAUAGGGUUUUGCAGAAAUCCAUAGAUGAAGCCAAGGAAAAGGAGGAGGAAGAGAGCCAAGAAGAGUAUUGGAAGAAACGUACGAAUUAUUGUCAGAAACCUAGAAAAAGGAAUUAUUGGUCUGACUCCGAGGAAGGCGAAAGCAAUGAGGAGGAGGACAGCGAUGAGGAAGAAGACGAUGAAAGCAUUGAGGAGGAAGAGGAAGGAGAGAAGGAAGAGAGCAAAACAGUCACAGAUGUCACAGAUGUUCACAUUGCCAGGGCUAAAAGUGCGGUUGAUAGGUAUCAAAACGAUUUAGAAUAUCGAUACUUGCACGAUCGUGUAUCCGAGGUGUUUGUGGAAAUGCUGACAUCGGAUUUAUUGUCUUUGAAGUGCUGUGAGAUUGAAAAGAUCAGCUCUAUUUCCAAAUUCUGUCCUUCUAUUGAUUCGUCUUACGACAGAGAAACUUUGAUAUGUGAAAACAUAGCAAGGAGAAUGUUUCCACGCCAUAAUUUUGGAGAGUACAAAGAUGUUGAAGAAGCUCAUUAUGCUUGUAGGGUUCGUGAUCGAUUGAGGAAACAAGUGCUUAGCCCCUUGCGCAAGGCGUUGGAGUGCUUACCGGUUGUGAAACAGAACAACCAGUCAUCAUCAUUGUUCAAGAAAUGCAAGGCGCUGAUUGCUUUGGAAAUCUACAGCAAGAUCAUUGGUUGUGGUGAUGGUGGAGGCCGCGAUGAAAGCAAAUUGAAAUUCAACUUCCUCACCAUGUGGUGGCCUCAUUGGAGAAGGAUCAGUGCGGUGCUGAUGAGAUUGCCGAGGUUCAAUGGCGGAGACUAG